AUGACGCUAUUCCUUCACGAGAAGCACGAGCUCUUACACUUGGUCGUCAACAGCAUUCGCAAGGAUUUGAUGGAUCAUAACGAGCUGUUCAACUGCUUGGCGCUGCACGCCAUUGCGAACGUCGGCGGCAAGGAGAUGGGUGAAGCGCUGAGUCCCGAAGUUCACAGGCUUCUGAUUUCUCCAACAUCGAAGGCGUUCGUAAAGAAAAAGGCGGCACUCACACUACUCCGACUUUACCGCAAAUACCCAGAUAUCGUCCAGGCUCAAUGGGCGGAACGCAUAAUAUCUCUAAUGGACGAUACCGACAUGGGCGUGGCAUUAUCGGUAACAUCCCUUGUCAUGGCGCUGGCGCAGGAUAACACGGAGCAGUACAAGGGCGCCUAUGUUAAAGCCGCCGCCAGGCUAAAACGGAUUCUCAUCGAUAACGAGUAUAGUCAGGACUACCUGUACUACAAGGUGCCUUGCCCGUGGAUCCAGGUCAAGCUUCUACGAUUACUGCAGUACUUCCCGCCAUCCGAGGACAGCCAUGUUCGGUCGAUGAUUCGGGACUCACUGCAGAAGAUCCUCAACCUGGCUUUGGAGAGCAACAAGAACGUUCAGCAGAACAAUGCCCAAAACGCCGUUCUGUUUGAGGCUAUUAACCUCAUUAUUCACCUCGAUACCGAGCAUGACCUCAUGAAGCAGGUUUCCCAGAGAUUGGGCCGGUUCAUCCAGUCGCGGGAGACGAACGUCCGCUAUCUCGGUCUCGAGGCCAUGACGCACUUGGCAGCACGAACCGACACCCUCGAGCCGAUCAAGCAGCAUCAAGAUGUGAUUAUUGGCUCUCUGAAGGACAGGGAUAUCAGUGUGCGGAGGAAGGGUCUUGACUUGCUGUACAGCAUGUGCGACACGUCGAAUGCCCAGCAGAUUGUGGCCGAGUUGCUACACUACCUGCAGAACGCCGACUUUGCGAUCCGAGAGGAAAUGGUCCUCAAGAUCGCCAUUCUUACCGAAAAGUACGCCACCGACGUUCAGUGGUAUGUCGACAUCUCGUUGCGCCUGAUUGCUAUGGCUGGCGACCAUGUCAGCGACGAAGUCUGGCAGCGAGUGACCCAGAUUGUUACGAACAACGAGGAGCUACAGGUGUACGCAGCUCAAAAUAUUCUUCAGUACUGCAAGCAGGACCACUGCCACGAGACGCUCGUCAAGAUCGGUGCCUAUAUCCUCGGUGAGUUCGGCCAUCUCAUUGCCGAGGAGAGAGGCUCCAGUCCUAUAGAGCAGUUCCUGGCCCUUCAAGGCAAGCUCCCUGCCUGCUCGUCUAGCACACGAGCCAUGAUCCUCUCGUGCUUCAUCAAGUUCGUCAACUUGUUUCCGGAAAUCAAGCCGCAGCUCGUCAACGUGUUCCACAUUUACAGCCACACACUCGAUGCGGAAUUGCAACAGCGUGCUUGCGAGUUCCUGGCUAUCGCAAGCAUGCCCACGGACGACCUCCUUCGAACGAUCUGCGACGAAAUGCCACCAUUCCCCGAAAGAGAAUCCGCCUUGCUCUCCAGGCUACACCAGAAGCACGCCAACACCAGCGACAAGAGGACUUGGAUCGUCGGUGGCAAGGACGCCAACGCGGAUAAUGCAGAGCUCAGCUUAGCCAAGAAGGCCAGUCUCAGACGGACCUUCAGCACCAAGACCGCCCCCACAAACGGCGGUGGUGCGGCGUCGGCUGCCGGAGGAGCCACCAACGGCUCUUCAUCCGCCAACGACCUCGCCGGUCUGGACAUGAACAACAUCGGCCCAGCCGAAGCCAAGGUCAUCAAGCCGCCCAACCUCGCCAGCGCCGCUCACCUCUCCCCCGGAUGGGAGAAGGGCUUCAACCGUCUCCUGCUCCGUGCCGACGGCAUCCUCUUCGAAGACGGACAAAUCCAAGUCGGCGUGCGCGCCGAAUACCGCGGCCAAAUGGCGGCCAUCAUCCUCUACUUCACCAACAAGACGCCGGCAGUCAUCGGCUCAUUCACCACCACUUUGGACUUGGACUCCUCGGAACGCGCCAAUCUCUCCUGGGACGUCAAGGGCCUUCCCGAAACGACCAUUUACCAAGGUGCACAAACGCAACAAGUAGUCGUCUUCGAAGCCAAGCGCGUCUUUGAGAAAGCACCCACCGUGCGCAUCUCCUACCUUGCCGGUGCGCUACAGGCUCUUACCCUCAAGCUCCCCGUCGUCAUCCACAAGUUCAUGGACCAAGCCGAGCUUUCAGCAGACGACUUCUUCAAGCGGUGGAAGCAAAUUGGUGGAGCGCCGCGCGAGGCGCAGCGGAUCUUUGGCCUGGCGGGCCCCAAGGAUGGCGAGAGGGAGAUCACGGAGAAUUUCAUCAGGCAGGUGCUGGAAGGGUUCCGAUGGGGAUUAAUGUAUAACGUUGAUCCGAACAGCAAGAAUUUCGUGGGCGCGAGCGUGGUGCAUACCAGCGAGGGAGGCAAGUUUGGGUGUUUGAUGCGGUUGGAGCCUAAUUAUGGGACUCAGAUGGUUCGGUUGACAAUUAGAGCCACUGAUGAGGCGGUCCCGCCGGUGUUGCUCAAGAUGAUGGAGGAACGGCUUUCGCAGGGUGUGUCGAUUCGUCCCGAGAGAUAUGAGAAUCCGACGGCGAGCGAUAUUUCCGAGUCGUUUAGGAAUAUCAUGGUUAGGUGA